UCAUUCCUCAGCGUGGCGUAAUGUACUGGUUCGGAGAUUUAAGGCCUGUAAUUAGAAAACAGGUAGGCACCGAUGUGGCCGCGUGCUCCGUCGGUUUAGAUCCCCAGUGGGCAAAAGCCCCCUCUACAGUGCAUAUUUAGUUACCUGUAGCGUCUGCCUUCUGCCCGACUGGUCAGACAGGGGCAAUGAGGAAAUUCUAUUAAGAGAGGCGGGGACUCUUUUUACAAAUUAAGGCAUACUUACAAGGCGUUUGGUUAGAUUCAAUUAUACGGCUUCAGUAAAUUCCGUUUUACUCAUAUUGACACAUUGUUGGAUUCAAUUCAAUGGUGACAAUUUGUGCACACAGGUAGAAUAGUAAAUUGGUUUUGAAUUAAUCACUAUCUCUAACAAAAGACCACAUAUCUAACUUUCCUAUAUUACAUAUCUUUCCGCACGCCAUUUAAAGAGAACGUUACAGAGCAUCAAAGUGUAGGCAGGUUAUUCGACAAAAGGCUUGAGGAUUACAAGGACGUUCAGCGGGGGACCUACAAACACCGGCAUUGAUACCCCAGUACUUUAAGUGAUUCUAAAUGGCAUUAAGAGGCACAAAUGCGGACCGGGUAGAAUCCAAUGUAUUUCAAUGCAUACUUAAUAAUCAUUGGUUCGAGCCGAGGCUGUCAAGCGGACAUAGCCUAUUAUAUUCGUACAAUUUAUAGUGUGUCAUCUCCUGGCUUAGCCAAUAAACCCCUCAGCUGAUUGACGCACCACCGGGGACCUUUUGAAGAAAAAAAUGAUAGACAGACAAAGUGCGAAAAAAGGACAUUAAGCUAAAGACCCCGGUGUUAGAUCAACGCUUGUCGAUCCAUGGUGACUAAACGCGACCACAUUGGAGUUCACAAGGCGAAGAGACGUUUUACAAGAAUAUACCUUCUUACUCGCUGCUAGAAGUAUUAUCAGCGAAAGGAAAGUCUACAGGCACUAGGAGAUUAUUUUUCGGUGGAUUAUAUGUUCAUGUAUAUAUAUCCAGCAUUUUUCUUAAUAUUAUCUUAAAUUGUUCUGACUCUUUUGAGAGGACAUACGGCCAGGUUUAAAAAACAGUUGCAUCAUGAAGCUGAAUAACUUGUUAGUUUUUCUCUGUUUUCUGAUGGCACACAUGUCAGCGACCAAGAAAAGCCGGCUAUUAAGAGGAGUACGAUGGUGGGCUUUGGCAAACGUGCCGCAACCCCAGAACACACUGCUGAAUCCUAGCUCUACAGUCCUCUUUAACCCCAGUCUACAGCCCUUAUCGAGGAAGCAGAGAAAGCUGGUCGCAGAAAACCAAGGGACAAUCAUUGCCAUAGCAAAAGGCGCGCGUCUAGCCGUCGACGAAUGCCAGCAUCAGUUUAAGAACAGAAAAUGGAACUGUCCAACUUCCGACGACAGCCACGGCGGGAAUAUUUUUGGAAAAAUUAUGCUCAAAGGAUGCAGAGAGACGUCUUUCAUUUAUUCUAUUACAAGUGCGGCAGUGACGUAUCAGCUCGCACGGGCGUGCGCCGAGGGCAUCAUCUCAACAUGCACGUGCGACUACAGGCAACUCCGGUACCCGAGUGUAGACCAGAGUGGGAAACCCUGGGAAUGGGGAGGUUGCAGCGAUAACAUGGAAUUCGGUCUGCGGUUUGGGAAAUCGUUCACAGACGGCGUUGAAAAAGGCAGAGACUUGAGAUAUAUAAUGAACAGGCAUAAUAAUGGCGCUGGACGCCUGCAUGUACAAAAUCAAAUGGAGAGAGACUGUAAAUGCCAUGGAAUGUCAGGAAGCUGUACAGUAAAGACAUGUUGGAUGAGAUUGCCAAAAUUUAGAACAGUGGGCGAUUUAAUAAAAGGACGAUUUGACGGAGCAUCGAGAGUUUAUCAAGGUAAAUCAAACGACGGUCGAUUGUUUCUCCUUUUCUUACUUGAAGAAGUAAAGGGUUUGUGCAGUGUUUUUUAAGUAGAUGGUUUUGAUUUAUUGAUAUUCCUAGUACUUUUAAUUUCAGUUUCAUUUAUGGCUUAAAAGCACCGGUGUAGGGUUGUUUAAGUAAUUCUUAUGAUUGUUUUAUUUUAUGGAUUGAAUCUG